AUGUCGAGGUAUGUUAACUUCAUGAAGAAAUUGUUGUCGGAGAAAAGACCCUUGAAGGGAGGCCAAACAGUGGUGCUAACAAUAGAGUGUAGUACGAUCAUUCAAAGGAAUUUGUCAAGUAAGAAGCCAGAUCCUGGAAGUUUUCAAAUCCCAUGUACCAUUGGAAACAACACCUUUGAAAGAGGAUUGUGUGAUUUAGGGGAGAGUAUCAAUCUGAUGCCACCUUCUGUGAUGAAAAAACUACAAAUUCAAGAGGUGAAACCUACAAGAAUAGAUCUUCAAUUGGUAGACAAAUCUGUAAGACAGUAA